UUUCUUCGUUCUUCAUUGAUCUCCCGCGCACAAUGGAGGCCACCCCAACCAAACUCCUCCUCUUCCUUCUAUCAUCCCUUCUUUUCAUCUCACGUGCUCCUCACGUGACACCAGCAACCCCCUGCCCCCGGUGCGGCAAUGCCACCGUCCCAUUCCCACUAAGCACCACGCCAACCUGUGGCGACCCCGCCUACAAGAUCCGCUGUUCCUCCAACACACUGGUCUUCGACACGCUCAACAACUCCUACCCGAUCGAGUCCAUAAACCCUCAGUCCCAGCGCCUCGUGAUCCGUCCUGCGCCGCUCGUGCCGAACACGUGCGUCACCACCGAUAAGGUUCACCAAGGGAUCCAGCUCAACAGCACCCUCCCUUUCAACAUCACAAGCUCCAAUACCAUUGUUUACCUCAACUGCACCCAAACGCUUCUUAUGUCGCCGCUUAACUGCUCCUCCUCCAGCCUCUGCCAUACCUACAUCAACGCCACCUCAUCCGCCUCCGUAUGUAAUAACGGACCGCUCUGUUGCACGUUCCGUGCCGGCGGCUCUAGUAACUCCUACCAGAUUCGGGUUAGGGAUGUUGGUUGCAGUGCCUAUUCGAGUUUUGUGAACUUGAACCCGGUUCUUCCGGUGAACCGCUGGCCCCAACCCGGUUUGGAGAUCCAGUGGCUGUCGCCUAGGGAAACGGUUUGCACGUCGCAGAAGGAUUGUGAUUCUGCCACGUCGGCGUGUGGACCGGACCCUAGCAAUGGGAGUGGGAUUAAGAGGUGCUUCUGCAUCAAUGAUCUUGUGUGGGAUCCCAUUAAUGGGGUCUGCACAAAAAAGGUUACUUGUCAGGAUCCGAAUGGCUGUGGAGGAACCGAUAGAACAGCACUAAUAGCAGGUUUAACAUGCGGGAUCGGAGCAGGGCUCAUCCUGGCCGCAAUCUUUGUCCUGCUCUACAAGCGCCACCGGCGUAUUGUAGAAGCGCAAGAGCGCCUAGCCAGAGAGCGCGAAGGCAUUCUCAACGCCAGCGGUGGUGGAAGGCCCGCAAAGCUCUUUAGCGGCAAGGAAAUCAAGAAGGCCACCAAUGACUUCUCACCGGAUCGCCUCCUCGGAGCAGGCGGCUACGGGGAGGUCUACAAAGGCACCCUCCAAGACGGCACCGUAGUGGCCGUGAAAAUCGCCAAGCUCGGCAACGCCAAAGGAACGGACCAAGUCCUGAACGAGGUCCGCAUACUCUGCCAAGUCAACCACCGGAGCCUCGUGGGCCUCCUUGGUUGCUGCGUGGAGCUCCAGCAACCAAUCAUGGUCUACGAGUUCAUAGAAAACGGAACACUCCUCGACCACUUGCAGGGUCAAUUACAAAAGGAACGCAGCCUUUUGACAUGGAAGCACCGCCUUGGAAUCGCGCGUGACACCGCUGAAGGCCUCGCUUACCUUCAUUUCAUGGCUGUUCCUCCUAUUUACCACAGAGACGUCAAGUCCAGCAACAUUCUCCUCGAUUCCAAGCUUAAUGCUAAGGUCUCCGAUUUCGGUUUAUCUAGGUUGGCCCAAACUGAUAUGAGCCACAUUUCAACCUGUGCUCAGGGUACUCUUGGCUACCUUGAUCCUGAAUACUAUAGGAACUACCAAUUGACGGAUAAGAGUGAUGUUUAUAGUUUUGGUGUUGUGCUGCUUGAGCUUCUCACAGCGCAGAAGGCCAUAGAUUUUAACAGGGAUGCGGAUGAUGUGAACUUGGCUGUUUAUGUGCAGAGGAUGGUGGAGGAAGAGAGGCUGCUGGAGGUGAUUGAUCCGGUCUUGAAGAAUGGGGCUGGUGCCGUGGAGAUUGACACGAUGAAGGCCUUGGCGUUUCUUGCGCUUGGAUGCUUGGAGGAGAGGAGGCAGAACCGUCCUUCCAUGAAGGAGGUGGCAGAGGAGAUUGAAUAUAUCAUUAGUAUUGCCACUGCAAAGGAUGUGGAGAAUUGAAUGUAAAGUUGUGUUCACUUUCCUUUAUUCACUUCAUUUAUGUCUUGUUUCAGGGUUUUGUUGCUCGUUUCUUUGCUUUUUUACCAAUUAAAUCGAAACAAGUUGUGUUGUAGAAAGAACCAUUUGUACAAUCUUAACCCCUGCUGCUUAUAAGGACUAAAGAAAUGCUCCGUGUAUCAUCUUACAUUCUAUCCAUUUGAAUGAUUAUUUCCUUAA